AUGGUUAACUUCACAGUAGACCAGAUUCGUCAGCUAAUGGACAAGCCGACGAACAUCCGUAACAUGAGUGUUAUUGCUCAUGUCGAUCACGGAAAGUCCACCCUGACCGAUUCCCUGGUCUCAAAAGCCGGCAUUAUCGCCUCAGCCAAGGCUGGUGAUGUGCGGUUUACAGAUACAAGAGAAGACGAGAAGGAGCGUGGUAUCACGAUCAAGUCGACUGCCAUCUCCAUGUACUUCGAGGUUGACAAGGAGGACCUUUCUGCUAUCAAUCAAAAAACCAACGGACACGAAUUCUUGAUCAACUUGAUUGACUCUCCCGGACACGUCGAUUUCUCCUCUGAGGUCACUGCUGCUCUCCGUGUUACCGACGGUGCCCUCGUCGUCGUCGAUUGCAUUGAAGGUGUUUGCGUGCAAACAGAAACUGUGCUCCGUCAAGCCCUUGGUGAGCGUAUCAAGCCCGUCGUCAUCAUCAACAAGGUCGAUCGUGCCCUUCUCGAACUUCAAGUCGACAAGGAGUCGCUCUACCAAUCGUUCCAACGUACAAUCGAAAACGUUAAUGUCAUCAUCUCAACGUACCACGAUGUUGCCCUUGGUGAUGUCCAAGUCUACCCUGAUCAAGGAACCGUCGCCUUCGGUUCAGGUCUUCACGGUUGGGGUUUCACCCUCCGUCAAUUCGCCAAUCGAUAUGCAAAGAAAUUCGGUGUCGACAAGGCCAAGAUGAUGACCAAACUCUGGGGUGAUAACUACUUCAACCCGGCCACCCGCAAGUGGACCACCGUCGGUACCGACGCCAAUGGCAAAUCUCUCGAACGUGCCUUCAACACGUUCGUCCUCGACCCCAUCUUCAAGAUCUUCGAUGCCGUCAUGAACUUCAAGAAGGAUGCCAUCGGUCCCAUGCUCGAGAAGCUCGACGUCAAGCUCGCUGCUGAUGAGCGUGAUCUUGAGGGCAAGGCCCUCCUCAAGGUUGUCAUGCGCAAGUUCUUGCCCGCUGGUGACUCUCUCUUGGAGAUGAUAGUCAUUAACCUUCCUUCGCCUGCUACUGCUCAACGUUACCGUGUUGAGACCCUCUACGAAGGUCCUAUGGACGAUGAGUCUGCUAUCGGCAUCCGCGAUUGUGACCCUGCUGGUCCCCUCGUCCUCUACGUCUCCAAGAUGGUGCCCACCUCCGACAAGGGACGCUUCUACGCCUUUGGUCGUGUCUUCUCCGGAACGGUCAAGUCCGGACCCAAAAUCCGUAUCCAAGGUCCCAACUACCUCCCCGGAAAGAAGGACGACCUUUUCGUCAAGUCCAUCCAACGUACCGUGCUCAUGAUGGGUCGUUACAUCGAGCCCAUUGAGGACUGCCCUGCCGGUAACAUCGUCGGUCUCGUCGGUAUUGAUCAGUUCUUGCUCAAGAGCGGUACCCUUACCACCUCUGAGACCGCCCACAACAUGAGGGUCAUGAGGUUCUCCGUCUCUCCUGUCGUGCAAGUCGCCGUCGAGGUCAAGAACGCUGCCGACCUGCCGAAGCUCGUCGAAGGUCUUAAGCGUCUGUCCAAGUCAGAUCCUUGCGUCCAGGCCUGGAUUUCAGAAACCGGAGAGCAUAUCGUCGCUGGUGCUGGUGAGCUGCACUUGGAAAUCUGCUUGAAGGAUCUCCAAGAAGACCACGCUGGUGUUCCUCUCAAGAUCUCCGACCCCGUCGUUCCUUAUCGUGAGACUGUGAAGGCUGAGUCUUCGAUCGUUGCUCUGUCGAAGUCACAGAACAAGCACAAUCGCCUCUUCGUCAAGGCCAUGCCCAUCGACGAGGAGCUUACCAAGGCCAUUGAGUCCGGAAAGGUCAACGCUCGUGACGAUUUCAAAGUCCGUGCCCGUGUCCUCGCCGACGAAUACGGCUGGGAUGUUACCGACGCCAGGAAGAUUUGGUGUUUCGGUCCCGACACGACUGGCCCCAACUUGUUGGUCGACGUCACCAAGGGAGUUCAGUAUCUCAACGAAAUCAAGGACUCUUGCGUUGCUGCCUUCCAGUGGGCGACCAAGGAGGGUGUCACUUGCGAAGAAAACAUGCGUGGUGUCCGCGUCAACGUGCUUGAUGUUACUCUGCACACUGACGCCAUCCACCGUGGUGGAGGACAGAUCAUCCCGACCAUGCGUCGCGCCACCUACGCUGCCUGCUUGCUCGCCACCCCCUCGUUGCAAGAACCCAUCUACCUUGUCGAAAUUCAGUGCCCUGAAACCGCCAUCGGUGGUAUCUACAGUUGUCUGAACAAGCGUCGUGGCCAAGUCUUCAGCGAAGAGCAAAGGCCAGGAACCCCCAUGUUCACAGUCAAGGCCUUCCUUCCCGUCGCCGAGUCCUUCGGCUUCAACGGAGAGCUGCGCUCGCACACCGCCGGCCAGGCCUUCCCCCAGUGCGUGUUUGACCACUGGGAGGUGAUGAACGGCUCGCCGCUCGAGAAGGGCAGCAAGAUGGAGGAGUUGGUGACGAAGAUCCGUGUGCGCAAGGGUCUCAAGCCCGAAAUCCCGUCCCUCGACACCUACUACGACAAGCUCUAA